AUGCCGGAUGGCAGCAUUAAGUUGUGGAGCCUGGACAGCGAGGAACCACUGGCUGACAUGGAGGGCCACACGCCAUAUCGCGUUUCUCGGCUAGCCUUUCAUCCAUCUGGUCGAUUCCUGGCCACCGCCUGCUUUGACCAUUCAUGGCGCCUUUGGGAUUUAGAGGCUUGUGAAGAGAUUUUGCAUCAGGAAGGUCAUUCAAAGCCCGUCUUCGAUGUUGCAUUCCAUCCAGAUGGUUCUUUGGCAAUAACUGCCGGUCUGGAUGGGUUUGCCCGCGUCUGGGAUCUGCGGACUGGUCGGUGUAUCAUGUUCCUUGAAGGUCAUCUAGAAGCAGUGCUGGGAGUUGAUGUGGCUGAUAAUGGUUACCAUUUGGCCAGCUGCAGUACAGACAACACGGCCCGCAUCUGGGACCUCAGGCAGCAACAGGCCAUCUAUGUUAUUCCGGCUCAUACAAAGGUGGUCAAUAGUAUCCGAUUUCAACCUAGACAUUAUCAAUACCUCAUUACAUCCUCUUUCGACCGGACUGCAAAAAUCUGGGGUCAUCCUGUGUGGACGCCGCUAGCAACUUUGGAAGGACACAGCAGCAAGGUUGUUUUCGCCGAUAUUUCGCCCGAUAAUUCCUAUAUCGCUACUUGCUCACACGACCUUACCUUCAAACUCUGGGAAUAUGAAAAACCGCAUCGAGCAUCUGCAGUAACUAGGACCAUGCCGACAUCUCAGAUGAAGCAGGAGGCUGAGAUAAGUGAAGUUGAGCAGCAUAUAAAGAAAGAAAAUGAUCACGAUUAA